GAAAUGAAGAGCCCGGUACUCUCGGGCGGAGUGUUUGGUUUCACUCGACUCGACCAUUCCUCUUCAUUAUCACAUCUCACGAGUUUGAGCAGAGGAAAGCCGCCCCUUCCGGCCUCAGUUUAACAGCCAUGGCGAUCCGGCAGCUCCUAAGUCUCUCCCGCCGGUCCCGGAGGCACGUUUCUUCCCAAUUAGUCAGACCUCUAUCCUCAGCCGCUGUUUCCGUGGCCGCAGAUACCGCUCAGUCCAUCACACCCUCUCCUCCGCCACCCACGGCCAUGAUCUACGACCGAUUAGCCGAAGCAGUUAAGUCAAAGAUUAAGCGUCUUGAGAAUCCAGACCCCCGAUUCUUACAGUACAAUUCGCCCCACCCUGUCUUGACUGACCACACCGAUAUUCUCAGCGCCCCGGAGACACGUGUGACCACCCUACCUAAUGGAUUGAGAGUAGCCACGGAGUCCAAUCUAUCGUCCCGCACUGCCACGGUCGGUGUAUUCAUCGACUCUGGAUCGAGAUUCGAGUCCGAAGAGACGAAUGGCACCGCGCAUUUUCUCGAACAUAUGAUCUUCAAGGGAACGGAGAAGCGGACUGCUAGGGAGUUGGAGGAGGAGAUCGAGAAUAUGGGUGGACAUUUAAAUGCCUACACUUCCAGGGAACAAACUACUUACUACGCCAAGGUUUUGGAUAGGGAUAUUCCCGCAGCUUUAGACAUCUUAUCAGAUAUUAUCCAGCACUCAAAAUUCGCUAGUAAUCGAAUUGAGCGUGAACGUGAUGUCAUCCUCAGGGAAAUGGAGGAGGUGGAAGGCCAGCCAGAGGAGGUUAUUUUCGACCAUCUACAUGCAACUGCCUUUCAGUAUACUCCUUUGGGAAUGACAAUCCUAGGACCUGCUCAGAAUAUAAAGACUAUCACAAAAGCACAUUUACAAGAAUACAUAUCAACACACUACACCGCACCUAGAAUGGUUGUGGUCGCAACUGGUCCUGUAAAACAUGAAGAUUUUGUUGAGCAAGUUAAGAAGAUGUUCACAAAGCUGUCAACUGACCCAACCACCGUUUCACAGUUAGUUGCUAAAAAUCCUGCUAGGUUUACGGGUUCUGAGGUGAGAAUGAUUGACGAUGACAUUCCUCUUGCACAAUUCGUUGUUGCAUUUGAAGGAGCAUCUUGGACAGAUCCAGACUCAAUUGCUCUAAUGGUUAUACAAACAUUAUUGGGGUCUUGGAAUAAGAGUGCCGGUGGCGGAAAGCACAUGGGUUCCAAGCUUGUACAGAGGAUUAGCAUCAAUGAGAUUGCAGAAAGCAUGAUGGCAUUCAAUACAAACUACAGAGACACUGGUCUUUUUGGGGUACUUGCUGUUGCCAAGCCUGAUUGCUUGGAUGACCUGGCCUAUUCAAUGAUGUAUGAAAUUAGUUCGUUAUGCUAUCAAGUUUCGGAUGAAGACGUGACUCGUGCUCGUAAUCAGUUGAAAUCUUCACUGCUGCUUCACAUGGACGGAACGAGUCCUGUUGCUGAAGAUAUCGGCCGCCAGCUUCUCACAUAUGGCAGAAGGAUCCCAUUUGCUGAACUGUUUGCUAGGAUCGACGCAGUAGAUGCCAGCACUGUCAAGCGUGUUGCAAACCGAUUUAUUUUUGACCGGGAUGUCGCCAUCUCAGCUGUGGGUCCCAUCCAAAAUUUACCCGACUACAAUUGGUUCAGACGCAGAACCUACAUGCUCCGUUACUAGGUUCUCAUUGUGUGGAGUUUAGUACCUCUAAUAAAAACACCAUUUUUGUGUUAUCAGAAAGAUCACAAAUUCACAAGACAUUUUUUUUUGUUUAAAUGCCAGGGGCUCAUCCCACCGAAAGACUCUUGGCACAUGUUUUUUUUAUAUAUUUUUGUUUUUGCGUCACCCAUGCUGUAAUGUCGUUGGUUUUUUGUUAGCAAUAACCGUGUAAUACUUUUUUGUUAGUCAAUGUUUCAACUUUCCAAGAUCAAUGCUUCACCAUUCUUAAUUCUUUUUUCUUUACUGUGGUGGAUACCUAAUUAGAUAGAGACGCAUAACUGUAAUAUGAACCCUUCAUUUUUCUAAUAGAAAUGCGACUCCAUGUAGUGAUGUAGGCAAC